AUGGCUCCUCAACUUGAUGGCUACUUCAAGCAGGUCGAUACCCUUUCCGACCACUUUAUCGAGCGCCUACGGAAAGCGGUUGCCAUCCCGUCCGUAUCUGCAGACGAAGAGCGCCGACCGGAUGUCGUCCGCAUGGGCGAGUUUCUUGCCGACGAGUUGUCCGCACUAGGAGCACAGGUCGAGAAGAGACCAUUAGGCAAGCAACCUGGCAAGGAGCAUCUUGAACUCCCGCCUGUGGUUAUCGCUCGUUAUGGUAAUGACAAGAACAAGCGGACCAUUCUGGUUUACGGCCAUUAUGAUGUGCAACCGGCUGGAAAAGAGGACGGAUGGGCUACGGAGCCUUUCGAGCUCACCGUUGAUGAUAAGGGCCGAAUGUACGGUAGAGGAAGCACAGAUGACAAGGGACCGGUGCUAGGCUGGCUCAACGCGAUUGAAGCUCAUCAAAAGGCUGGUGUUGACUUCCCCGUCAAUCUCCUCAUGUGUUUCGAGGGUAUGGAGGAGUAUGGCUCGGAGGGUCUAGACGACUUUAUCAAGGCGGAGGCAGAUAAGUACUUCGCCGAUGCUGAUGCCGUUUGCAUAUCUGACAACUACUGGCUCGGAACGGAAAAGCCCUGCCUCACAUACGGUCUCCGUGGCUGCAGUUAUUAUUCCGUCGAGGUCUCUGGCCCCGGCCAGGACCUUCACAGCGGUGUCUUUGGCGGCACGGCUCAAGAACCAAUGACAGAUUUGGUACGGAUACUUGGCAGCCUCGUUGAUACACAUGGGAAGAUUCAGAUUCCAGGUUUGGCUGAGCUUGUUGCUCCACUUACCGACGACGAGAAAUCCCUGUAUGGAAAUAUCGCGUUUGAGAUGUCCAACCUUUACGAAUCGCUGGGUAGCGAGACCUCGAUCCACCCUGAUAAGGAGAAGACCCUCAUGGCCCGCUGGCGUUACCCCUCCCUCUCUGUUCACGGUAUUGAGGGCGCUUUCUCACAGCCAGGUGCCAAGACGGUGAUUCCCGCGAAGGUCAUCGGCAAGUUCUCUAUCCGCACAGUGCCUAAUAUGGAGCCCGAAGAUGUCGACCGUCUUGUUUUCAAAUACGUUGACGAACAGUUCAAGAAUCUUGGUAGCAAGAACACCUUGAACUGCACGCUUCAACAUGCAGGCAAAUGGUGGGUUGCCAGCCCAAAGCACUGGAACUUUAGUGCAGCCGCGAAAGCCGUGGAGAGGGUAUGGGGCGUCCAACCAGACUUGACCCGAGAGGGCGGCAGUAUCCCUGUGACGUUGACUUUUGAACAAGCAACCGGUAAGAACGUGCUUCUACUGCCAAUGGGCAGCUCUACGGAUGCAGCACACUCCAUCAAUGAGAAGCUCGACAAGCGGAACUACAUCGAGGGGAUCAAACUGCUAGGCGCAUAUCUGCAUUAUGUCGCUGAGGAGCCCAUGUCUAAUUAG